UUCCUGCCCAACCUUAGUAAAAAUAAUAAGAAUAAGGAAUAAGGCAUCACCACCACAACGCACGCAAUUUAGUCCUUUGUUUUUUUCCCUUUUGCUAAAAUAUUUUAUUCCUUGUCUUAUCGUUUGCUUAAAUAUUUAACUAUUUAGCCCGCACUACUACGUAUAUCAUAUCCAUUUCGUAGCGACGUUUCGCCCUCGUACCACGCUCAUCGCGCGUGAGAGGUCGUCUGGCCGAGCGAGGCCUCUUGAGGGUUCCUUUAUUUAGCUAUUUAAAUAGUUGUCUGAUGAAUUUGGUCCAUACUUACUUUGGUUUUGAUCUUCUAUUGCUCUAGCCUGCUUCUAGCUAUUUAGACCUUUAACCAUCGAGACAUAUCAAUUUAAUCAGCCCAAACAUACAUUGCCAAUUCUAACCUGUCCGCGAGGCUUCAACUCGAGAUGGCUGGGAUGGAUGUCCCUCUGGCAUCUCUAUCGCUAACUCAUGUCCAUUAUAACCCGGACGACCCCAUAUCCCUCGUUUCUGCUUUCCUAGCUCUAGUCCCGCAGGCAAUAUGCAUCAUUUAUGUUACUCUUAUCUGGGCGACGCGGGAGGUCGAAGUGCUGCUUAUGUUCGCUGGUCAGAUGCUAUGUGAAGGGUUAAAUUUCUUCUUGAAGCGGCUAAUACGCGAGGAGAGACCAGUUCAGAUGUUCGGGAAGGGCUACGGCAUGCCAUCUUCCCACUCCCAAUUCGUCGCUUUCUUCUCCCUCUCACUUACAUUGUUCCUCCUCGUUCGACAUGUCCCCGACCUUACUACCAACCAUUCCGCAUCUACGUUUAUGCAACGGGCAGCGCUUUCAGCUCUAGCCUGUGUAUGUGCUGGCGCAGUCGCUGCCAGCCGCGUAUAUCUCAAUUACCACACGCCGAAGCAGGUUUUGGCGGGUUGCGCUGCGGGAGUGGUCUGUGGGAUAUCAUGGUUUUUAUUCUCUAGUUACCUGCGACGGGAAGGCUGGAUUGAUUGGGCUUUGGAAACGCAGCUAGCAAGAAUGGCUAGAAUGCGCGAUUUGCUUAUUCAAGAAGACCCCGUGGAGGCGGGUUGGCAACGGUGGAUGGAAAGGAGUGUUGCAUCUAAACGGACCUCCAAGGCUUCUGGUAAGCUUAAUUGACAAUUUCUCUGGUUGGCUGAGGUCUGACAUUGGAGUUUUCUAAUUUAUUUGCGUAUAUACACAUUGAGCUAUUAGUAUAAUCAUGCCUUGUUGAGCGUUGUCUGCGCAUUGGUAGUAGGCGUAUUGCAUUUUCCGCCCUGUCCCAUUUUUCUAGAUCUGUGGACGUGUAUCUGUACAUAUACAUAGAGUAGUGUCCGAGCUGCAUAAACCAAUGCAACUCCUUCCAUACAGUACCGAGCGAUUGAACAAUCCAAUUUGUCCACGAUUCUCCUUGAGAGCUGGUCGCAAGCGAUCAAUAACCAUAUCACGUGAUAUAACUAUAUCG